AUGAAAUUAUUAUUUAUUCUACCUUUUCUCUCAAUUCUCCCAUUAUCUCUUGCUUUUGAUGAUCCCUAUGGUUUCAACCAAGAAAACUUCGUCUCUAAAUGUUAUUCUCACUGUGAUGCUGUUCUUCAAGCUGCUACCGACUGUCAAUCUAAUUCAGACUGCCUAUGUCCCACUAAUAACGCUUUAACUGCUAACCCAAAUUAUGCUACAAAUACUGAUCCUUGCUUAUGGUGUGGUUAUUGUGUUUUCACUGAACCAAGAUACGCUGAUUUACCUUCAGCUCUAGCCAUUUGCAGCACUCAAACUUCUCCCUUUGGUACCUGGUGUUCUCAAGGUGGUGAAUGGCCAUCAGAUUACCCAAUUCCAUCCACUUCAUCUUCUUAUCAUGAUUCACAAGAUUCCUCUACAAAAUCUUCAGAGUCCGAUCUUCUAACUUCUGAUUCAGUUUCUCACACUACCACUUCCUCUUUUUACUCAUCCGACAGCGCUAUAAUUCCCUCUGAAACUACUAAUCCAGCUUCUGAUUCAUCAUCAAUUGAUUCUUCAUCACCAAUCGAUUCCUCAAUCAUCGAUUCCUCAAUUAUCCACUCUUCCAUAAUUGACUCCUCAGUCUUAUACCCAAAUGUUUCAACCAUUCAUUCCACUAAAACAGUCACUUGCUCAGAAAAUGUCUGCGUAACUAAAACAAUCAUUUGUACAAAUGAUAAUAAAUGCUCAACAGAUUCAACAGAUUUUACUCAUUCUGAUAAAACUACUCUAAAACCUACAGACUCAACUUCAAAAUCCUCUUCAAUCUCAAGACAACCUCCUCCAAUCUCAGAAAUCACUAUUAAUGCUGCUUAUUCUCAAGCCCAACUCUAUGGUUUUGCUGCAAUGUUUGCUUGCAUUGCUGCUUAUAUUCUCUAA